AUGAACACCGGUACCCCACUUUCGGAUACCAGUCUGCAACUCCAAAACGAAGCCUCUUUAGGGGAAGGUAUCAUGGCUGCUAUCGAAGCGACUAGCCAAACUCAGGCAAAGAAUCCAAGAAAAGCACCCAAGAGUCGUAAUGGCUGCUUAAGAUGUAAAAGCAAAAGAUUGAAAUGCGAUGAGGGGAAGCCAGAAUGCCUCCAGUGCAAUCGCAAGAGCUUGUCAUGCCCGGGAUACAAGAUAAAACCGCUUGUGUGGUCUACAAAGCAUGAGAAAUUGCUUGUGAGCAGUUCGCAUGCUCCUCUUCCUGCGGCGUCCAAGAAACCAGAGUCACCACAGGACCUUCUACCUCCUUCUCCAGAAGAAGAGAAGGGGCCAGAGAGUUGUUUUGUUUCUCCCCAGCCACAGGAUGAGUCCGAUUCAAUAGCAGAAACUUCUAUGCAAUCUGUUCCUGGAUCCCCACUUAUAGCAAGCGAUUCUCGACGAGACUCCAACCAGACAGACAGUCUUUCAGCAAUCCGGCAACAACUUCACCGCUCCACAGUUCCGGAAUUCCUCUUACAUCUUCCAACCAUGCUCGUAGAAUAUUACUUCAACUAUGUAUGCCAGAUAUUUUCAUCAUUCGACGGAACCCUAAACCCAUUUCGGUCAACGGUGGGGCGAUUAUGGGACGGCUCUGCUCCCAUUUACUACGCCAUACAAAGUAUGGCUGCUGCAUACUUGGCCAACCACUUUCCACGGAUGACGCCUGUUGGGAUACAAAUGCAGCGAGAGACAUACAAGUGUCUAUAUCAAUCCCAGAAGGGAGUUCAAGGCCAGACAGAGAAUCUUGACAAGACGCUUCUAACAGUACUGCUUGUUGGACAAACGACCGCGUGGCAUGAUCCGAAGGAUCUGGGCCUCGUGCAUUUGAAGACAGCAAAAAGGUUAAACAAAAAGAGAGUGGAACAGCAGGGCGUUGGUGUUGGAACUCGAGAGCAACGUCAGAAUGAGUUCUUUGAGCAGUGUAUAUUAUACUGGGAUAUGUUGGCUGGCUUCGUAGAAGAUGACCUCGAGGAACUUGGGUAUGCUGAUAUGUCAAUACUCGAAUCAACAACCUUGUCGAAUGAGGCAAGCAGUUCGGCAUCCAGCGCGGAGAAAGAAAAGGUCUUCCCUCAUCCAUGGACAGGUGUCGCUCCUAAAGUUCAGAAGCUAUUCGCUCAAGUCGGUCGUCUCAUCCGCAGUUAUCGUAAGACCACAGCACAAGAUGCAGCAUCGCUCGACUUUUUCUCGCUCGAUUUCUCGUUCGACAUGGAGUUACCUGGCGGCUCAGGUGCUGAAGCGAUUGCGAAAGCGCAAUCUUUGGAAGAAGAGUUGCUCUCAUUUGAGCCACCAUCAGUGUCCGAUCUUGUCGACGCAGGCGAUGAAAACACACCAGUUCAUCACUACGUCCUCCUUGCCGAAGCAUAUCGAUGCUCUGCUCUGAUCGAGCUCUACCGUGUCUUUCCGUCGAUUCUUGUUCGGAGAUUUCCAGUAGCGGAUACCGCAUUCGCUACAUCUUCACCCUCACCCUCACCAAACCUCUUUCACUUCCUCCCCGUAGACAAUUCACUCCCCCCAGAAGAAUUUCUUCUCUCCCUCGCUUUACACACGGUAUCAAUCCUCGAAAAGCUGCCCCUGACUUCUGGAACACGCUGUUUGCAACCCAUCAUUCUUAUUGUUGCAGGCAGCGAGCUCCGCUUCGACCCACUUUCAACUCUCAACCCAUCCACAUCGAUCUUCAACAGUAUUACGAAUCGAGAAGUAGAUAUUGCUACAGCGAGACGGUUUGUUACUACUCGCUUGCAGGAUUAUUGUAAAUCGUUGCCGGCGAAGCCAGUCAAGAAGGCAUUGGCAUUGUUGGAAGAGACGUGGACCAGACUCGAUGCCGGGCUGGAGUGCUUUUGGAUGGAUGUCAUGCAAGAGAUGGGACUGGAGACUAUAUUUGGCUGA